AUGUUACACUUGCCUGCCUCGUACAACGCCCAACGGCGUUCGCUGAUCGCGCAGGAUCACGCACAUUACUCCUUGCCAAGAAGUCGAGUCGGGUCUUUUAUCGACGAAAUCUCCGAAAUCAGGUCAAUAUUUGAUGUUAGAGAGGCUUACCAUGAAAUUCACAAAAUUUAAAAAAAUUUUUUUUAAAUUUAAAAAAAUUGAAAAAAAAAAUUUUUAAAUUUAGGAUUAUUUGAACUAAAAAUUUUUUUAAGCUCCAUUUUAACUAAAAAGUCCUUCUUAAACCUAAUAUAGGCAAAAAUUAUCAUUUUUUUCAAAAAAAAAAUCAAAAUUUAAAAAAGUCAUACUAUUUAGUAUGAAGUCAGUAAGAACCCAGUACGUUUGUAAAACAAAGCUUAUUUCAGUGCCGAACGCUUAAACUUAUACGUGGACCGGAAUGACACAAACACACAUGGGAUCGACAACACCGAUGAUGACGUUCCACCGGGUGUUACCUUCCCAGAGGAGCCCAAAACUCCGCGCGAAAAACUUAAACAGGUACGAGAAUUUCAAUUUCGAUAUUAUUUACUUUACGUUACUCUACCCUUAAUAUAAAUGUUAAUUCUUCAGUUUUUUUCAGUUUUAAAAUUUUACAAAAUCAAUUUUUUUAGUUCCUAGGGUAUGAGUUGUUACCUAAAACGUUAUUUUUUACAGAAAUUCAAAAUGAUAUAUCCUCACGUUGGGUUAGUGGUACUAUCAGCUGUUUAUACUGUUCUUGGUGCUGCCAUUUUUCAUCAUGUAAGUUUUUUUUCAAAUUUUUUGAAAGAUUGUUAUAUAGAAAGCCACUUUUUCAAUUUUUGUGAAAGGGUCCUCCCUCACAUUUAUUGAUUUACCACUUUGUAUAUAAUUAAACUUCUUACUGUCACCAAUUUUAGUUAGAAGGUCCCUUCGAACUACAUAUCAGAAACGCGACGGCGACACGAGUUCAAUUGCUCAAGAAUCGGAUAAUAACUCAGUUGUGGACGAUGGCCAAAGAGAUUCCACAUGCAGCGCAUUUGGACAGCGGUCAGAACACAACACUGCCUUGGCCGCCGGGAGACGAGGGCUUUCAACAGUGGGCCGAAGUCGCCAAUACGGGGUGGGUUUUUUAUUUUUUUUAAUUGGGGUGAAUUUUUUAAAAUUUUCGAAAUUUCAAUUAAUUUUUAAAAUUUAAACUUUUUCAAAUUUUAUUUUCAGUAUGAACUUGGUGAUAAAAGACGUAUUUAUCGAUUACACAAAAAACUACCUCACGCCUGAAGACAUAAUUAACGGAACGGGUCCAAAUAAGUGGUCAUUUGGUGCAAGCAUUUUCUUUUCCUGGACUGCCAUUACUACGAUAGGUUAUGGUAAGAUACCCUACCCUACCCUUAUCUUUCCCUACCCUACACUACCCUACUUUAUCAUUUUACUUUCACUUUGGCUUUGUCUGUCCUACCUCUUGCUAUCCCUACUGUAAAUUACCCUCUUUUACCCUACUCUAGCUCUUCCUUACCAUGACCUACUUUACCCUACUGUAUCUUACCUUGAUUUGCAUUACUUUACUCAAUCUUACUUUGAACCUCCCUUACCUUACUUUCCCUAAAAUUUUAUAAUAAACAUUUAAUUUCAGGUCACAUUGUGCCACGAACGUUAGCAGGCCGUGUUUCUUGUUUGUUGUACGCGUUGUUUGGAAUUCCUCUAAUCCUAGUGACCAUCGCUGAUAUCGGUCGUUUUUUAUCAAGUAAGUUUAACAAUAAAUUUCUAAAGUUUUUAAAUUUAAAUGUAAGCUGUAGGCUUAGUUUUUAAGCAUAAGAUUUAUUUUUAAGCAUAAUAUGAAUUUUUAAUCCUAAAGUCAUUUGUUAAGCACAAAGUUUAUCUUUAAAAAUAAAAAUCAACUUUUAAGCCUAACAGAUGUUUUCGAAAUUAAUUUUUUCAGUCCCAAGUUUAUUUUUAAGCCUAAGGUUGUCUUUAAACAUAAAAAUUAUUUUUUAAGCUUAAAAAUUAUUUUCUAAGCCUAUAAUGCAUUUAUUAAGCCUGAACUUCAUUUUUAAGCCUAAAAUUCGUUUUGAAGCAUAAAUUUCACUUUCAAAUUUUAUUCUUAAGUCCAAAGUUUAUUUUUAAGCCAAAGAUUUAUUUUUAAUCUUAGGCUUAAAAAUGCUUGCCAUUUCUAACCCCACCCUUUUCAGCGGGCAUCAUCUGGGUGCACAACGCGUUGCGGCGGUUGCGCAUCGGGUGUUUCGUGCGACUAAAGCGUUGCUGUCGAUUUUGUUGUUGUUGUUUUCGAUUUCGUAGGAAAAAAGGUAAAACUGAUCGAACAAUCAAAAAUGCGAACAAAUCAUUGAGUAAUGGAGGUACUAUCAGAGCUGAAAACCAUCUCGGAGGGGGACGGUUUGUAAGGACGAGGCUACAACAACCUGACAAUGUUAGUGAUGCUGGGACUUUCGAAGGUAAGCGGGGUUUUUUUUGCUUUGUAAAGAAAGUUCUUGCUAUUUUUUGUUUUUUAAACAAACUUUUUGUCAUUUUUUGUCUUGUAAACAAAGUUCCUGCCAGUUUAUGCUUUGUAAACAAAGUUCUUGCCAUUUAAAUUUUGUAAAGGAAGUUAUCGCUAUUUUUUGUUUUGUAAAGAAAGUUUUUGCAAGGAUGUUGUUUGUAAAGAAAGUUCUUGCCAUUUUUUUGGUUUUGUAAAAAAAGUUCUUGUCAUUUGUUGUCUUGUAAACAAAAUUCUUGCCAUUUCAAACUCAACUUUCAGACGUCUCAGAAAUCCCGACCCAAGAAGGUACAUCAAGCGAGGAUACCCACGCUCGUGCCGACGAGAUCGACGAGUUUGCGGAGCUACAACAAGAACGUCGCGUAUCAGUCCUGUUCAUACUGUUCAUCAUGCUCGGAUACACUGCUGGCGGUGCUUGUCUGAUGCAGUUGUGGGAACAGUGGAGCUUCGUUGAUGCGUUUUAUUUUUGCGCGGUUACUGUAACAACGAUCGGGUUUGGGGAUAUUGUGCCACAGAACAGCGACUUUCUACCGGCUACGCUGACUUAUAUUGUUAUUGGGUUGAUCAUUACGACUAUGUGCAUUGGUGAGUUUAGAACGGCAAAAAUUGUUUUUAAUUGAAAUUUGAAGUUAAGGCUAGCAUUUAUGAGUAUUAAAAGUUUGUUUUAGGCUUAAAACUGCAUUUUAAAAAGAAAAAAGAUUGCCUUUACCUAAAAAGUAUAAUCUUAGGCUUAAAAGUGGAAUAAAAAGCUUAAAAAUAAAGUUUCUACUACUCGCAUUACCAUUAAAUGUCAUUUCAGACCUAGUAGGAACCGAAUACAUUCGAGACAUUCACUUUUACGGCCGCAGUUUGGGCCGUUCCUUCCUAACCAUCGGCGGAAAAGUGGUGCAUUUGGGCGAAGUUUUUAGUUAUGUAGCCUUUCUACAAAAGAAUUAUGGCUUGACUCCAGAACAGCUGGAUAAACUUGCGCAACUACCAGACGAAUAUCUACUGGAUUGCAUGAUAAAUGGAAAACAACCGGAUCUGAAUUGGGUGGGAGGAAAACCGUUCAUUCCUCCCGACAUCUACUACUUUAAGGUAAGUUUUUUUUUGAUUUUUGGUCUAAAAGUUCUUGAAAUUUUAAAAUUUUAGGUAACAAAAUUUAAUAAACUGUCCAAAAAUUUAAUUCCCAAAUUUCCAGUGGAUCGAGCACCCCCGAACCCUCUCCUACGCCUCCGAGCGUGUCCUCGCCUCCAUGGAGUCACUCGACCUCAAUACCUCACGAUGUUCAACGGCCAGAACACUCACUCCUCGCGAAUAUUAUCAACGAAUUCUGAUGCAUUACUGUAAACAGAUGCAACAGUCUCAACCGCCGCCUGGUGUCACACAAAUGCUUCAGAAUCAGAAUGCCGGGAAUCAGAGCGGUUCCGGUCGAUUGCAUCAACAAAACAACCUGAAUUCGCUUCCGACCGAGACACUGCUUUAUGGUAAUCAUAGGCCAUCGAUGAGUGAUCGAACUACUGCCAUUUUUGCACUACCUUCGUAG